AGCUGGUAACAGCAUGGCACUCAAUGACAACAGUGAUGGAGCCGGAUAUCCUCUGUUUACAUUUGUCGAUGAGAACCUUUUCAAAAAGGAGACUUUUUUAGCCUUUAUCUCCCUGUUGGAUAACUAUGUGAGUGACACCGGCGAGCCAGAAAUUGUAACCCCUGAGGAGGUGGCAGAGAACCACAAAUUCCUGGACUCCAUCAUUCAGUCUCCUACUAUGAAGAUAGCUCAUAAAUACCUGGUGGAGAAGAAACUCUCUCCAAAGGAUGAGACCCAAUUCAAGGAGCAGCUGUACAGGAUCUGGUUUGAACUUUAUGCGAGGAGAGGAUCCAGCAGGCCUGACUCCUCCGGAUUUGAACACGUGUUUGUUGGAGAGACGAGAGGAGGCCGGACUGUCAUCGGCUUUCACAACUGGAUCCAGCUCUAUCUACAAGAGAAGCUGGGACACAUUGAUUACAAAGGCUACAGUGUCGAUGCCAAUUCACCCCAGCCCGAUGAGAACAAACACAUCCUGGCGCUACAGUUCAGCUGGAAGGACGGUAUAAAGCCCAAGGGCAGCAUCUUCGUCGGUGUCAGUCCAGAGUUUGAGUUUGCUCUCUACACUCUCUGUUUCCUCUCCUCGCCCAACGAGCGCGUCAAAGUCCAGUUCAGUUUCUACGACGUGGAGAUUGUUUGCCACCACUACAACCAGAAGCACAUUGGCACCACUUACCCUGUGCUCCUUAAGUACCGGAAACCUACCUAGUAACUUGACUAGAAAUCAAUAUGAGAUAUAACUUCUCAAAAUCUUGAGCUUGCAUACAGAGUGCCACAGGUAUUGUUGUU